AACAACUUACUAAAUAUGUAACAAAAAAAAACCAUCAACGUCAUAAAAAAACGUAUUUUCUAUAGAGUUUUGAAACACACCUAUCAAAACCAAAAAAAAAAAAUCAAAAUGUAUAGAUCUGCGAGCUGGAACCGAGUGCCAGAAGACUACUCAUCCGCACCGCCUAAGGGAUUGUGGAUGGGCUCAGUGAUCGGUCCCCUUGACGAGAACGAACUACCUUCCUACAAUAAUCCACCAGAGGAGAUGGUUAAGAAGGAGAAGUCACGUGCCAAAUUCGCCGAAAACGCUAUUCACAUCAUACCUUUUGUUCUCCUUGCAUGCGCUCUCGUACUUUGGCUCUUCUCAAAUCCAGAUGUGGAUGUUGGGAUGAGAGAAGAAUCUAUUGCAGCUAAGAUUGAAGGAUUGACGAUCGAAGGAGACAUCGAUAACGACAGUGAUGGAACUCAGACCGGUUUCUUGGGUGCAACCUUAGAACUCGGAGAUCCUGACAAACCAAACCUCACUGAUAGGACCAGAAGAGCUUCAAGGAAAUUGAUCAAACGUUUUUACUAGUUAACUAAACCAUUUUCUUUUUCUUUUUCCCAAUGAAUGUUGUUUUUAAUCAAUAAACUUUACCAAAACUAUGAUUUUUUGUUUUGUUUUUGGUGAAUAAAGAAGCAGCUAAAUAUAAAUCCAAAUAUAUCUAUUUUUAUU